AUGUCUGCCCCCGCUGCUUUCUCUGAUAUCGCCAAGGCGACCAACGAUCUCCUGAACAAGGAUUUCUACCACGGCGCUGCCGCCAACCUUGAGGUUAAGUCCAAGGCCCCCAACGGUGUCACCUUCACCGUUAAGGGCAAGUCUGCCCACGAGGGCCCCAUUGCUGGCCAGCUCGAGGCCAAAUACGUUGACGCGCCCACUGGCCUCACCCUCACCCAGGCUUGGACCACCGCCAACGCUCUCGACACCAAGCUCGAGCUCGACAACAACAUCGCCAAGGGCCUCAAGGCUGAGAUCCUGACCCAGUACCAGCCCGCUAAGCAGUCCAAGGGUGCCAAGCUCAACCUGUACUUCAAGCAGCCCAACCUGAACGCCCGUGCCUUCUUCGAUCUCCUUAACGGCCCCUCCGCCAACUUCGACGCCGUUCUCGGCCACGAGGGCUUCCUCGUCGGUGCUGAGGGUGGUUACGACGUCAACAAGGCCGCCAUCACCAAGUACUCCGCUGCCGUCGGUUACAGCGUUGCCCAGUACUCCGCUGCCAUCACCGCCAGCAACAACCUGUCCCUCUUCUCCGCCAGCUACUACCACCGCGUCAACGCUCAGGUUGAGGCCGGUGCCAAGGCUUCUUGGGACUCCACCUCCGGCAACGCCGUCGGCCUCGAGGUCGCCAGCAAGUACCGCCUCGACCCCUCUUCCUUCGCCAAGGCUAAGAUCAACGACCGUGGUAUUGCCGCUCUGGCUUACAACGUCCUGCUCCGCCCUGGUGUCACCCUCGGCCUCGGUGCCUCCUUCGAUACCCAGAACCUGAACCAGGCUGCCCACAAGGUCGGCGCCAGCUUCACCUUCGAGGCUUAA